AUGUCCCUUUUCAGGGCUAAAACGCUCAUCCGUGCUAAUUCGGACUUUUGCGCAAAGAUGUCUAAGAUCGACAAGCUCUCCAUUCUGGGAGUCCGCUCUUUCGAUAAUACGCGAAGCGAAACGAUACAGUUCCAUACGCCUCUCACGCUGAUCGUUGGAUACAAUGGCUCCGGUAAAACGACCAUCAUCGAAUGCCUCAAGUAUGCCACGACGGGUGAUCUUCCCCCGAACAGCAAAGGCGGUGCUUUCAUUCACGACCCGAAGCUAUGUGGCGAGAAGGAAGUACUCGCUCAGGUGAAGCUUUCAUUCAAAGCUACUUCGGGUGCGAGAAUGGUUGCCACACGAAGUCUCCAGCUUACGGUCAAGAAAACUACACGACAGCAAAAGACCCUGGAAGGGCAAUUGCUUAUGGUCAAGAAUGGCGAGCGGACGGCCAUCUCUUCUCGGGUGGCAGAGCUAGACCAGAUCAUGCCUCAAUACCUGGGUGUCUCCAAAGCUGUGCUGGAUUCAGUCAUUUUCUGCCACCAAGACGAAAGUUUGUGGCCAAUGAGUGAACCUGCGGUGUUGAAAAAGAGGUUCGACGAGAUCUUCGAGGCCAUGAAGUACACCAAAGCCAUUGAUAACAUUAAAGCUCUUCGAAAGAAGCAGAAUGAGGAACUUGGCAAGUACAAAAUCAUGGAGCAGCAUGCGAAGGAGGACAAGGAUAAGGCAGACCGUGCAGAGAAACGCUCCAUAAAGCUCCAGGAGGAGAUUGAGGCGCUGCGCGAGGAAACCCAGCAGAUGUCGAAAGAGAUGCGGCGAGUUGCUGACCUUGCCGAUAAAGCCUGGACGCAAUCGGAAAGUUAUGCCCAGGUCCUCGGUGCUCUAGAAGGAAAGCGUAUCGAGGUCAAGAGUAUUCAAACUACAAUUGACAACCUCAAGAGGCAUUUGGUUGAGCUUGAUGACUCCGAUGAAUGGCUCGAAUCUACCCUGGAACAAUUUGAAACAAAGCAAGUUCAAUACCAGCAACAAGAAGAGACCCAGAAGGAGAAUUACAUGGAGUUAAAGGAAAAGAUCGAACAGGCCCGUCAUCGCCUAGGUCUGAAGCAAGCAGAAAAUGGAAAAUUUGAGAAUGACAAGGCAAAUUUCGAGCGUCAGUCGGAGAGGCGCCAGAAGAUGAUCAACGAGAUCGGUCAUGCGAACAACAUCCGUGGCCUUGAUGACAAAAUGGACCAGCCCGCUGUAGACUCGUUCAUGCAGAAGAUCCGACGUCUUUUGAAAGAACAGAACCAGUCUCUAGAUCGCGUGAAGCGUGAAGCCCAAAAAGAGCUCCGUGAAGUCCAAGAGACAUUGAACGAAAUCGGUCAAACCAAGUCUGCGCUCCAGGAGACCAAAAAUGCAGCAAAGCGACAGAUUGCAGCAAACGACAAGGAGGCCUCGUCUUACCAGGGCAAACUCAAUGGAAUCGACGUUGAUGAAGGUGUGCAGGCAGCGCUCGAAUCAAAAGUUGAAGACAUUACGUCCAGCUUGGAUUCCGCGAAGGAGCGAGCCAAGAACGCUUCCUGGGAUCAAGAAAUUCAAGACACCAACGCGGAGAUUCGCCGUCUUGAGGAUGAGAGCUCACGGCUGAAUAACGAGUUGAUUGACUCCACCAAGAAGGCCGGUGAGCUGGCUCGCCUAGAUCACCUCAAGAAAGAAUCCAAGGAUCGUGAGCGCAGUCUGCAAACAAUGCAAGGAGCCCACGGGGAUCGUCUCGAGAAAGUCGUCGGUGCAGACUGGCAACCCGACACACUUGAGCGAAGUUUCCAACAGGCCCUCGACAGUGAAUCAAAACAAGUCACCGAUGCUGAACGAGAACGCGACGGCGUGAGCCGAGAGUUGGAGCAAGUGGAGUUCAAACUCAAGACCGCCACCAAGAAUCACAAACAGCGCCAAAAGGAACUCGACGACUGUGCCAAGGAGAUCCAAGAGGCAGUUAACUCAGAACCGGAAAAGUACCAAGAAAGACUGAAGGACCGCCAGGAAAGAUACGAGGCCGCCCGAAAGGACGCCGAUCAAUACGCUGGAAUGGGAGAAUAUUUCACCAUGUGUGUGAACGCCGCCGAACAAACCAAGAAGUGCCGAACCUGCGCAAGAGCUUUCAAGAACGAGGUAGAGGUCCAAACGUUCACCAAGAAGCUGAACGCCCUUAUCAACAAAGCCAGUCUUGAUUCCGAGGCUGAGGCCGACUUGAAAAGAUUCGAAGAAGAAUUCCAAGCUGCUCGUGAAGCUGGUACUUUCUAUGAUUCCUGGGUCCGUUUGUCAAAGACCGAUAUUCCAGAACUAGAACAUGAGGAGCAAGAGUGUGAAUCGCUGCGUGAUCAGCUGCUGGAAAAACUAGAAACCCGCGACGGGAAGGUCACCGAGAAGAUUGAGAACAAGCGUGACGUCGAGGCACUCUCUAAGACAGUCAGCACCAUCGUACGCUAUGAUGCUGAGAUCAAAUCAAUCAAAUCGCAAAUCAACGAGCUUUCCGCAAAGCAGCAAGAUGCGACUGUCGCCCGCACUCUUGAAGACAUCCAAGAGGAGAUAUCGGCCAUCAAUGACAAGUCCAGAGAUCUCAAGAAGACACUUACUAAGUUCACAAACGAAAAAGACAAGACCCGGGCUGAGAUCAACGAACUUGAGCUCAAGUCUAGAGAUGUGAAGAGCAAUCUGGACAAUGCCAAAUUCCAAUUGGAAAAGAAGGCGGAUCUACUUAUUCGUGUGGAAGAAUUCAAAAAGCUCAAUGCCCAGCAGCGAGAGGCAAUCGAGAAAGCAGAUCGUGAUAUCGAGGCUCUCACCCCAGAUUUACUUCAAGCACAAGCUCGCUAUGAUGAUAUCAGCCAGCGUGCCGAUGAGCGCGAGCGGGAUAUGCAACAUGAAAUCAGUCGUCUGUCCGAGAGCAUCCACCAACUUGACCUUGCCAAUGACGAUAUCAAUUCGUUCAUUGAGCGAGGGGGCCCAGAUCAGCUCGAACGAAGCAAAUAUGAGCUUCAGAAUAUCGAAGAAGAAAUCGAAAAGCUGGAAUCCGAACAGGGCGAGAUCACAAAGGACAUCAAUAGGAUUUCAGCGCAACUGAAAGACAGCGAGAACACCAAACGACAAUAUUCUGAUAAUCUGACCUACCGUCAAGCCACUCGAUCCCUCAAUACGGCAGAGGAAGAAGUCGAGCAACUUGAAGCGCAAAAUGCGGAAGUUGAUCGUGGUCGAUUCAAGCAAGAAUCAGAACGCUGGACCCGUGAACACAAUGCCCUUGCUGCCAAACAGGCUAGCAAAAUGGGUGAAAUGAAAUCCAAGGAUGACCAGCUGAUGCAACUGCUGGCGGAUUGGAACACAGACUACAAGGAUGCUGCCUCUAAAUACAAGGAGUCUCACAUCAAGGUCGAAACCACCAAAGCCGCUGUUGAUGAUCUCGCCCGUUACGGCGGCGCUCUCGACAAGGCAAUCAUGCAAUACCACGGUCUGAAAAUGGAAGAGAUCAAUGCUAUAGUUGGGGAACUGUGGCAGAAGACAUACCGUGGGACAGAUGUCGAUACCAUCCUCAUCCGUUCUGACAAUGAGAAUGCCAAGGGCAACCGCUCGUACAAUUACCGCGUGUGCAUGGUUAAGUCUGGCGCGGAGAUGGACAUGCGUGGUCGGUGCAGUGCAGGUCAAAAGGUUUUGGCUAGUAUCAUCAUCCGACUUGCUCUGGCGGAGUGUUUCGGUGUCAACUGUGGUCUCAUCGCUCUCGAUGAACCCACUACCAACCUGGACCGAGACAACAUUCGCUCUCUGGCUCUGUCAUUGCAUGAUAUCAUUCGCACUCGCCAGCAACAAGCAAACUUCCAGUUGAUUGUUAUUACCCACGACGAAGAGUUCUUGCGCCACAUGCAAUGCGGUGACUUCAGCGAUUAUUAUUACCGCGUUUCGCGUAAUGAGAGGCAGAAGUCGAUUAUCGAGCGGCAGUCCAUUGCUGAGGUCAUGUAA